AAUAAUUCAACAACAUAACCUAAAAUUUCUAGUACUACAAUCCAAACAUUAAGAAAUUAAUUCACUUUAAUUAAAUAAUUAAACAUCUAGUGAAAAAUUUCAUAAAUAAUUAAAUAGUGAACAUUAUUAUUUAUUAAAUUUUCAAAAUAAAAUAAAUAAUGUUAAUUCGAAAAUUAUUUCGUUCCAUUGAAAAAAAUGAUAUAAAUCAUUUAAAAUAUAAUCCUGUGAUUUCUAGAUAUUUCUGUAUUGAUUUAGAUCAGACACCAGUGAAACGUCAAAUAAGAAAAUUACGAAAAUGGCAAAAAGAGCCUGAAAAAGAGAUGAAAAGUUUUUUUGGCCUAUUCGAUAGAACACAAGCACCAGGAGUUACUAAAGAACAUAGAAAGGCAUUUCGAGACACAAGUUUUUGGAAUCCAAUACGAGGUGAAGAAAUUGAUACAUCAAUUCAAGCUAUAAAAGAAGAUUAUUAUUAUACGGAGAAAUUAGUAGAAAAAGAAAAUCAAAAAUAUAUACCCGAACGACUUAAUAUUUUGGGUAGUGAUUUGGCGGUUGCUCACUUUUUAAUUCAUCGUGGUGGAAAAGUGAAAUUUCGAAAUAAUGACAAUUGGUUUGAAAUGAUUAAUAAUAAACCACCGAAUUUACCUGCUAAAUUUGAUCCAAAAUAUAUUAUUUCUGCUGUUGAUUGUUCCAAUAUGAAACUCUACUACGAGGGUCUUCUUAAUUUUGAAAAUCUCACACGUGCCAAAUGGGCAAGUUUUCGGAAUAAUCAAGUUUUUGACGAAUGGUGUUUAGAUCGUAUUGUUGGACAAAUGCCCUGCUUAGAAUAUUUGGAUGUAUCCAAUUGUCCAAACCUUAAUGAACGUGGACUUGAGGCAUUGUACAAACUCUUCUAUCUUAAAAAAUUAAUUGUUACUAAUUACGAUGAAUCUGUAGCCUUUGAAUUGACAUGCUUGAUGUUGGAGGAUUGUAAUCCAAAUUUAAAUUGUAUAAUUCUUAAACCUGGAGAAACUUACACGGAAAAAGUAGAAACAAAUAAAAUAGAAACAGAAAAUAAAACUUAAAAUGUAUGUAAUUUAAAUUUUGUCAAUUUCAAAAUAGAAUGAUAAUGUAUAAUAGUGUAUUUGUAAAUCAUUUAAUUACAUUUACGUUAAUAGAAA